UGGUGUACAGCGCCCGGCGCCUUAUCAGCUGGGAUCUGAAUCAGUAAACUCCAGGUCUUCAAACAGGUACAAUAACAUCUGCAACUGCAACUCGUAACUUCAACAAUACAACACCAUCCUAUCAUCAUCUACCACCAAUAGCAGUCGCACAAGUUCCGUCACCUCAAUCGGAAAAUCACCCUUUAACCUAACGCAUAAAUUCAAGUUCUAUAAUCAGCCCGAAUUAAGCCCAAGAGCUUCGUCGUCCCCAAAGCAAAUCCUCCGAGUCACAAGCUUAAUUCCCAACCUCCACCAUGGCUUCUAGGAAAGGGGCUAUCUUAAAGGUUAUUGUCCUUGGCGACAGCGGUGUUGGAAAGACGAGUCUGCUGAAUCAAUAUGUCAACAAGAAAUUCAGCGCCAGUUACAAAGCUACUAUCGGUGCCGACUUCUUAAUCCAGAAGGUCCUGAUCGACGACCAACAAGUCACAGUGCAGCUUUGGGAUACCGCUGGCCAAGAGCGCUUCCAAUCCCUAGGUGUUGCGUUCUACCGAGGCGCCGACUGCUGCGUACUGGUCUUUGACGUCAACAACUCUAAGAGUUUUGAUUCACUGGAUAGCUGGAGAGAUGAAUUCUUAAUCCAAGCCUCCCCCCGGGAUCCCGAGAACUUCCCUUUUGUCGUUCUCGGAAACAAGAUUGAUGUCGAUGAGAGCAAGCGAGUAGUUUCGAGUAAGAGGGCAGCUACUUUCUGCCAGUCUAAGGGCGAUAUCCCCUAUUUUGAGACGAGUGCAAAGGAGGCGGUCAACGUAGAGCAAGCAUUUGAUGUCAUUGCACGACAUGCCUUGGCGCAGGAAGAAUCCGAAGAGUUUAGCGGAGACUUCCAAGACCCGAUCAACAUCCACAUCGAGAACGACCGGGAUGGCUGCGCAUGUUAAAGAUCGCAACUAGAAUAUUAAGAUUAUUUCGUCCGUCCUAUGCGAUAUCAUCCUACCGACCACAGAGGUCAUCCAUCCUGUUCGACUGGAUUUUGGUCAUUUUCACGGCAGCUGCACUUCUCAACCAUCGUUUCAACUCUUUGUAUGGAAGACUUCGGAUUUUACGGGCUCUAAGGGACAUGAUACAGAUGCGAAGUGGGAUUCUCGGAACCACGCCCAUAAUGAGUGUAUAGAGACAGUUGAUACAUUGCUUUUUUUUUUUUUUUUUUUUUUU